AUGCAGUGCGUUCAGUGUCCAGCUCUCUUGGUGGUGGUGGCGUUGGUUCUGGGUGUUUCCUCGCAGCCCAGCAGAGACCAGGACCAGUACCAGAACCAGGACCAGGACCAGGACCUGGACCUGGAGCUGCGUCACCACCGGCUGCUCCAACGGGCUCGCAGCGCCGGCCUCCUGUCGCAGGAGUGGAGUAAGCGUGCAGUGGAGGACCUCCUGGCCCAGAUGUCCCUCCCAGACCCCCAGCGGGAGUCUGAGCUGGUUUCCAUGGAGACAGGAAGGAUGAACCUGGAGCGGUCCGUCGACCCCCCCAACAGCCUACCCCCCCGAGAGAGGAAGGCCGGCUGCAAGAACUUCUACUGGAAGGGCAUCACUUCCUGUUAG